GUCAAAACAGAUCACAAAUUAGAGUAUACACACAUAAAGAUAGAGUUCUUGCUUCUUUAAAUCUCAAUUCAACUCAAAUUUUCCUGUUUUAACACUCGGGUAUUUCGGUCUACCCACCAUUUACAAAUUUUCGUCUCAAAACACACUGAGACAAGGAGAAAGAUGGCCUUUUUCCAACCGGGCUUCUGUCACUAUAGACCCUCGACCAGAGCCGUGGAGCUCUGCAUCCCAUCGUUCUGCGUUGCGGAUGAGAAAGUCUGGCGUCCGGAGUUCGUCUCUGAUUACUUUUCUUCCAGGAGAUUGGCGGUAACACGUUAUAUCAACUGGUUAAUCAAUGACGUGACGGCCCGGGCAAGGCUGGAACACGCAGAGGAGGCUUCUCGUUUGGAGGCCCCCAUGCAGGUGAUCAAGUGGAGUGAUCCUGCACCAAUCGAGGAGUGGAUUCGCGCCACAGCCUCUGUAAGACCGGCUGAGCAGGCAGUCAGUCGGCACUCGAUAUCGUUCCGUGGGGAAGUAUCGGGAAUCCUUAGACCCGGAUUGAGGCAGGCAAUCUUUUCUAAAGCUUGCCAGCGAGUUGUUCCAGUGGUCUUUAGCUCUUUGGAGAACGCUUCGGUGGCCUCCGCGGAAAGACAGAGUGGUCGUUGCAGCGGCGAACCACCAUUUUCAGAUGCACCGGAUUCUAAAUCUUCGGUUCGCUGUGGACUCCUCUUCUUUCCAGAGCUGGACGUCCGCUAUAUGUGGGGUGACGAAUAUAAACGUGUGAAGGCACGAUUUCUAUUGGAAGUUUAUGGAAUCGACCUUUUGGACGUUUAAUUUUCGGCGUUGGCUCUGUGGGAGUUGGAUCUGUGGGCGUUGGCUUUGUGGGCGUUGGCUUCGUGGGGUUUUGGCUUUUUUGGGGAUUUCGGCUUUGUCGGCUUUUUUUAAUGCGGUUGUGAGCUUUGCGGGCGUUGCAUCAUGUGGUCUUUUGUCUUUUUGCGGGCGUUUAUUUAUUUGGGCUCUCGAGUUUUUCUGUCAUCUAAAGAUGACUUCAGCGUUUUGCGGGCGUUGGCUUUGUGGGCUUUGGAUUUGUGGAAUUUGGCUUUUCUGUCAUCUCACGAUGACUUCAGCGUUUGGAAUUUUGAAAAAAAAAAAAAAAAAAAAAAAAAAAAAGAUUCAUUUGGUGUUUAAGGAUAUUAUCCUACAGCGGGAGUUGGUUUGAGAUACCUCUGAUUAGAGAUCCUCCUUGGAAUUCCUCGGAGCUCACGGGAGAAGCACAGUCA